AUGCCUUCGCACAAUCAAGUGCGUAAGAGAAGCCAAUUGGCUUUCCGCAGCUUCUUGGCUAUGUUGGUUCUCUGUGGUUUAUACCAAUUCUUCCAUCUAUCUCCAUGUAUGAUGCGGUCGGAAGAACGAGUCUCGGGAUAUUUCUCCACUCCCACCGACUCAACCGAUGAGCCAUUGUGUCCCCUGUAUGACAAGGUUGAGUUCAAGGAUCCUGACUCUAGUGUUUACAUCCUCCACGAUGAUGAGUUCAAGAACAAGUCGGUCUCAAGAUUGAGUAGAGCAAUUCAAAUUCCAACCUGGAUUGACGAUGAAGGAUCAGACUUCACAAAGUUCACCAAGUUCCAUGAGUACCUGGAGACCGAGUUCCAAAGAGUCUUCGAUGCUGCUAAUGUUUUCAAGGUCAAUACCUACGGAAUUGUGCUGGAGUUCAAGGGCUCAAACUCUUCAUUGAAGCCUGCCAUGUUUACUGCCCACCAAGACACCGUUCCGCCAGGAGAUCCUCAAAAGUGGGACAAGGGCCCAUUCAGUGGCUACUAUGAUGGAACUAGGGUCUAUGGUCGCGGUGCAAGCGACUGUAAGAAUCUGUUGAUUGGUCUGUUGGAAUCAAUGGACUACUUGCUUGUCAAGGGAUUCAAGCCAGAAAGAACUAUUAUUUUUGCAUUUGGAUUCGAUGAGGAGAGCAGCGGAAAGUAUGGUGCUUCUCACAUCAGCAAGUUCUUGCUGGAAAAGUACGGUCCAAACUCUCUGUACCAUAUCAUUGACGAGGGUUUUGGUGUCUUCAUGGAACUGCAAAACAAAAAUUUCGCUAUGCUGGCUACCGGCGAAAAAGGCUACUUGGAUCUGGGAAUUGAGGUCUUGCAGCCAGGAGGACACUCUUCGAUUGCACCAGACCACACAGCCAUUGGUACAAUUUCGAAACUGAUCAGUAGAUAUGAGGACAGAUUAUACGAUCCUAUUCUCGUCAAUGUCAACCCGACUUUGAACACUUUGCAGUGCAUAGCAGAAUACGCGGACAUUGAGAAGAGCUUGAAGAAGGAUAUUUUGAGAGCACACUUUGACGAGAAGUCGAAUGAAAGAGUCAUCCAGCUGCUAUUAGAUGACACCAAUACAAAGUAUAAUGUUUUGACGACUCACGCGGCUGAUAUCAUCAACGGUGGAGACAAGGCAAAUGCUCUUCCGCAAAACGUCACUGCGCUUAUUAACCAUAGAAUUGCUCACGGAAACGACUUUGACACCAUCAUGGACAGAAUCACAGGAAUUGCCACAGGUGUUGCCAAAGAGCACGGCAUGGGACUGAUUGUCGAGGAAGAAAUUCUAAUUGAACCUACUCUGGCAGGCUCAAUCAAUAUCAAGGCUAUUUACAAGCUUCCGGUUGCACCAAUCACGCCCAUCAACGACGAGAUCUGGGCAUCCCUGGCAGGACAUUACAGAACUUUCUAUGAAGACAUCACUUAUCCUGAGAAGUUCGAAGAUGACGUUCUUGUUGUUAGUGCUGGUAUCAUGACAGGUAACACCGACACCAGACAUUACUGGGACCUGACCGACCACAUCUUCAGAGGACAACCUGGAUUUACACCAAUGACAUCUGGAGUCCACGGUAUCAACGAAUACAUUGAUGCCGACUCCCACUUGCACAUUGUUGCAUUUUAUUACAACUACAUCUUAAGUAUUUCUUGA